CACAAGCGGAAACGGAAUUGUCGUGAAGUUCCAUAGUCCAUUUCCAAAGACUGAUAACAAAUGAAUUCGUGAUUUAUUUCUUCCUGCACAUCAAUUCCACGUGUAUUAUUUAUAUGGUCUCUUAAAUAAUUCCAUGACAGAGUGUACUGUCAGCAUUGUACCGUUUAUUUCGUGACAAUGGCCGAGAGAACAGAGAACAGCAUUAGAGCACGAGUGAUUCUCCAGCAGUGUCUACACGCACGACUCCAAGUUAAACCUCCAGAUGCAGAGAGUGAAGCUGAAUGGGUUGAGAUUAACAGGGGAAUGGUUAUAUACAUCUGCUUCUACAAAGGUGCCACUGAAGAUAUCAUCCCCAAAAUGGCGAACACACUGUUAAAUAUGAAGCUUUGUGAGACAGCUUCAGGAAAGUAUACCUCAGUCCUUGAAUUACCUGGAAGUGUUCUUAUUGUACCUCAAGCCACACUUGGAGGAAAACCGAAGGGAAAGGGGAUGCAGUACCAUGGCAACAUUGGUAGAGAUGAAGGGCGGAUGCUGUAUGACAGCUUUGUGUCUCAGUGUCAAAAGGAACUCUCAGCUUGCAAGAACCGUGAAACUGUAACAGAGGUCAAACAUGGAACUUAUGGGAACAGACAAGUCCUGAAGCUGGAUACUAAUGGACCCUAUACCCAUCUAAUGGAGUUUUAAGUGCACAAUUAGUUUUUUUGUUUUGCUUUUGUUUUGCUUUUUUCAUAUUUGAUUGAAUCUUCUUAACAGCAUUGAUCAAUAGUACUUUACUUUUUAUGGUUUGUUAAAAGGCUUUGGCAUUAUGGACUAUUAUAAAACUAUUAGUGCACAUUUAUAGUUCCACUCCUGAUUACAAUAAAUGUAAGGCAUAAGCUUGGAAGUGUGUCUGUGGUUUUAUACUAUCUUGAUGAGUUUCCUGUGUUGUGAUUCUCUUGCAGUUUGACCUGCACAUUGUUCAAUGUGUUAAUUACAUGUCUGACUUUGCUUAUAAUGCUGGAAAAUUUAAUUAUUUAGGUCUGUUGAUGAUUAGAAGUAUUUUUCAGCUCUGUAGGUUCAUACAAUGCAAGUGAAUGGGUGUCAAAAUUUUGAAGCUCCAAAAAUCACAUAAAUCAACAUAAAAGUAGUCCAUAUAACCAAUCCAAGAUGGUUCUGUUUUCAUUUUUGGAAGCUUACCAAAUGUUCUACAAUGUACAAUUAUAAUUUUUUUUGUUACUGUACUUUCCAGUUAUACAAUAAAUCUAAAGACAGGGCCGAUAUGUUAUAAAGCAAAUUAAAAUAUAAAAGAGUCA